AUUCCCUUUCCUGAAUUCCUUCAAUGAUCUAUCAUCUACUUGGAUCACGAAAUACUAAAAUCAAAAUCUCGUAAUCGCGAAAUGUCAUCGGAACCUCCGCCCUUCCAGGAAGCCGCACGCUGCGACGUUUGCAAAUGCAGUUUCAACACCUUCAGACGACGGCAUCAUUGCCGAUGUUGUGGGAGAACAUUGUGCCAUGAACACUCAUCCAAUCAAAUGGCAUUACCACAAUUUGGCAUUCAAUCCAAUGUCAGAGUUUGCUCUGAUUGUUUUAACGACUCUCGAUCUGGGAAAGAUGAUCCGCAGGCUUCUUCAAACAUUAUUGAUGCAGCAACAGAUAUGGUUUCAAGAGUUGAUAUUACAGGUGCUGAUGCAAAGGAUCACUCUGUUGUAAGUCUGCAACCUGUGGUUGAUAGCUCAGAGUGUAAAUGUGGGAUGCCUUUAUGCAUUUGUGAAGCUCCAGUUCCAGCCCUGGAUCCAGAUCCCUUGAAGAUGCAUACUGCUUCCUUGUCCACUGCUCAGUCCAAUCCAAGGCCAAAAAAGAUGGAAAAUAUUACAAAACAAUCUACUGUUUCAAGCAGCAGGCCUAGUUCAUUCAUCUCUCUUGGUCAACUGAACAAUGGUCUCUUGGAUAAACCUCGGAUGGAUUAUGAAGCUACUGGUGAGGGUUUAAGAGAAGCUGUUAAGAAUAGUGACAUUGCUGCAGUCAAGAGGUUAUUGAGUGAGGGUGUGGAUGCAAAUUACUGUGACAAGCAAGGAUUGUCUUUGCUGCAUUUGGCUUCAUUGUUUAACCAAACUGAGAUUGCUUUUAUUCUCAUGGAUUAUGGAGCAAAUCUGGACUACAAGAAUGCACAAGGGGAAACACCAUUGGAUUGUGCACCUAUAAUGUUGCAGUACAAGAUGCGGAAGAAGAUUGGAGAAGAUGGUGCAUAAGGGAAGGCCUGUGCCAUGUCACGUCAUGGUAGAAGCGAAUAACCUCUUUGUUGAUCUAAAUAUAAUAUGUAUUCAUGCCUUAAAUCAUCUGCUUCUGUACCUUUUCUCCUGUUAACGAAAGAUGUAUUCUCUUUCCAUCCUGAUUCCUGACCACGCUUUGUGAUGCUUUGCAAAAUAAAAAGUUUGACACUGAUUUGCCAUCGAUC